AUGUGCUGCUAUUGUUCGUGCUGCACGGUCUCGGACCUUAUUCUUUACAUCGUGGCCUUUUUUAUUCCUCCCGUGGGUGUUCUGCUGAGAAGCGGGUGUUGCUCGUCGGAUCUGUUGCUGAACAUACUUUUGACGAUGCUGGGCGUGGUUCCAGGGAUGAUCCACGCGUUUUACUACAUCACCGUGACUAGCCCGCUGAGAAGAGCGGAGUCGAGGUACUACUACCAGAGCGGGUGGGAAGACGCCCGUCGCGCCCCGCAAACUGGCUCUGGAUCGCAUCAACAGCCCCCCAGCGGCGUAGUGAGAGAAGAACUGUCGGCAGAAACGCCGUUGGUCGCUCACAAUGGCAAGAGUGGGCCUUCAGACGAUAGCUUGCCACCUCCAUACUCCGCGACGGUGUGA